GUGAGGGCGGGGCGGGGCGCGGCGCGCAUGCGCGGAGCGGGCGGGGGUUGCAGCAGCCAGCGCGGCGGCGGCAGCGGCGGAUCGGGCGAGCGCACGAGGGGGGGGCCAUGGCGGACGAGCUGGACUUCGGGACGGGGGACGCGGGCGCCUCGGCCACGUUCCCCAUGCAGUGCUCGGCCCUGCGCAAGAACGGCUUCGUGGUGCUCAAGGGCCGGCCCUGCAAGAUCGUCGAGAUGUCCACCUCCAAGACCGGCAAGCACGGCCACGCCAAGGUCAGAAUGGUGGGCAUCGACAUCUUCACGGGCAAGAAGUACGAGGACAUCUGCCCCUCCACCCACAACAUGGACGUGCCCAACAUCAAGCGCUGCGACUUCCAGCUCAUCGGGAUCCAGGACGGGUACCUGUCGCUGCUCCAGGACUCGGGGGAGGUGCGGGAGGAUCUGCGGCUGCCGGACGGAGAGUUGGGCCGGGAGAUCGAGCAGAAGUACGACUGCGGGGAGGAGAUCCUGGUACUUAUGGGGCGCUAUGGGGCGGUUAUGGGGCACUGUGGGGUGGUUAUGGGGUGGUUAUGGGGGUUAUGGGCGCUAUGGGGUGGUUAUGGGGCACUAUGGGGUGGUUAUGGGGCGCUAUGGGGUGGUUAUGGGGCGCUAUGGGGCGGUUAUGGGGCGCUAUGGGGCGGUUAUGGGGUUCUAUGGGGUGGUUAUGGGGCGCUAUAG